UCCAACUAGAAGCAAGAAACAGACGAAACCCCUAUAUAUUUACAGGCUUUAAGGCUUAAGCUGUUGAUUGUGGCAGCCUUGAUUGCAAGUAUGCCCAAAUACAGUCGUCAGUAUGUUACCGAAGUUGACUGGGGAAGUAUCCCCUCACCACGUAUGAACUGUACCUUGGGCCCCCCCGACGUGCUUCAGAUCCAAUUUAAUUUCCACGCGCCACCCGGCAGAGGAGAUCGUUAUGGUGAAUUCCUCGACUAUGAUUCUGAACCACCACGAGUCCUUAGGCUCCGUCAUGCCGACCUCCCAACAAUUUGCAAUUUGAUUUGGGACAUUCUUACGAGCUUCUUCAAUCUCAGAUCAACUAGUAACAAGUCUGACUUUACAAGCCGCAGGAUCACUGAGGUUCUUAAAAGCAUGCCUCUUGCAGAAGAGGUGCAUCCAGUUAUUGUUGACAAAAUACUUGGUCUGCUUCCUGUAACGACAUUAUUGAUACCUAACAGUAAUUUCAUUCAAGUGGACAUAUUUGACGUGACAUGGAUGUCCAUGGCUCGAAAUCCGGAAUCUGCUGUUAUGAUUUGGUUCGAGAAUAUAUCCAAACGUAGGGCUAAGCAUGGCGCAUGGCGUGCAGAGCAGUUGCAGAAUGUGAGACUUGAUAGGUCAUGUCCUAUUUGUAUGGAAGACUUCGACUUUGACGAUGGUCUUAUAGCCACUCGUCUGCCUUGUUUACACAUUUUUCAUCGGCAUUGCAUUCUCCGGUGGCUGGAAACCAAUUACAAGUGUCCUUUAUGCCGAUACCCAUCACCUCAUUAUUAAUCCAUACAAAUAUUUCUUGAUUUGUCUAAUUUGUAACUGUCCCUUGGUUGAUUUUGUUUUCUGGUCAUUGUGUUGUGCCUAGCUAUGAGCAGUUUUAGCAAGCUAAUUCUGGUGUACCAAGAUUAAUCUAAAAUCUUGGAUGAUUAUAUAUAUAUAUCAGUAUUAUUAAGGGGGAGUGAAUUUCACUCCCCUUUUUGUAACAAGAAAUCAUGAUGAUAACAACCAAUUGAAACAACGAUUUCCUCACUAAUUCCAUUUCAUAUAUAUUGGGGAUACUGGAAUAUAGCCCGUCUUCGGUCUCAAUUUGACUGCAGGGAAGAUCGCCGUGCACAGAUCCAGAAGCACUCGUCCCAAUCGAAGCUGAGAACGAUGAAUUAUACUUGGAUCUGAAUCUGCUCGCGGAUAAACACUUGAAUAAUUUCAAGUGGGUUUUGCUCAAUUUCAUCUGGGUUCUGUGAUCUUACAACUCUUAUUUGGGUUGUAAUCAGCUAAGAGCUUUCAGCUCUGGCAUCUAGCUUAGGAGCCUUUCAUACAAAAUAUAGCAAAUCUUAGUAUUAUCAUAAUAGAGAAUCCAAGUCCUUGAAGAUGAUCUGGGAAGAGAGAGAAGAUGAUAGAGAAAGAGGAGCUCUAGUUGUCCUGUGAAAGUGAGUGUGAAACGCAAUGGGUCAAAAGGAAAAUAUAAGAAGAGCAUAGGGGCAAUUUGGGAAGUUUAACAAACAAAACAGAAAAUGGGAGUGUAGUUUACA